CCAGCUCGCUCUGGGCUCUGUUGUUGUGCAGAGCUGCAGAAGGCCUGCUAGAGCCAGCUACUGCUGUUACACAGAGAGAGAGAGAGAGACACAAAGAGAGAGAGACCGAGAAAGAGAGAGAGACAGAGACAAGGAGGAAGAGAGAGACAGACACACUGGAUUGAGACUGGGAGCUUGUGUGUUCAUUUCAUCACCCAUUUAAGAACCAAGCAAGGAAGACAGAGGACGGCAGGAAGGAGAUUGAAAAAACAGCAGCCUCUGAAAAAGCGAAAGUGAGAGGUAAAGGAAGGAAGGGAGGAAGGAAGCGGGGUCUGAGGAGGGGUGUCUGACAUUGCUCGUCUCGCUUGACAGGCAGCAAGAUUUCUGCUUAACCAGCCCACAUCUGCUUUUUUUUCCUUUUCCUCUUUCUUGGAGCGUUGUCCUCCAUCCUUUCUUUUCCUCUGAGCAAGAGGGAAAGAGAGCGUGAGAGAGAGAGAGGAGGAGGGGAGGCAGCCCCCCCCCCCCUUAUACAGACACACAGCACAGAACGAAAGGAGAGAGGACGAAGCAGAGGAAACAGAGAGCCCGUUUUGUCGUUCCUUGCCGUCUCUGUCGUCCCUCGGCGAGCGAGCGGCUAACAGGCACCGCUCAUGUCCGUGAACUCUGAGAAAUCCUCGUCCCCCGAAAGGCCUGAGACCCAGCAAAAAGCCCCAGUGUCUGCCCCCCCUCUCCCGCCGCCCCCUCCACCCCCUCCUGAGCCGGCCGUCCCCCCAGAGCCAGAGGAGGAGAUCCUAGGCUCUGACGAUGAGGAGCAGGAGGACCCGGCAGACUACUGCAAAGGUGGAUACCAUCCGGUGAAGAUAGGGGACUUGUUCAACGGGAGGUACCACGUAAUACGCAAGCUGGGCUGGGGUCACUUCUCCACCGUGUGGCUGUGCUGGGACAUCCAGGUGAAGAACUUUGUGGCGAUGAAGGUGGUGAAGAGUGCUCAGCACUACACAGAGACAGCCCUGGAUGAGAUCAAACUGCUCAGAUGUGUGAGAGAGAGUGACCCCUCUGACCAAAACAAAGAGAUGGUGGUUCAGCUGAUAGACGACUUCAAGAUCUCUGGAAUUAACGGAAUACAUGUGUGUAUGGUGUUUGAGGUUCUGGGGCACCACCUUCUAAAAUGGAUCAUCAAGUCCAACUACCAGGGUCUUCCUCUACCCUGUGUCAAGAGUAUUAUCAAACAGGUUCUGCAGGGCUUGGACUACCUCCACAGCAAGUGUAAGAUCGUCCACACGGACAUCAAGCCGGAGAACAUCCUGAUGUGUGUGGACGAUGCGUUUGUCCGCCGCAUGGCCGUGGAGGCAACAGAAUGGCAGAAGGCCGGGGCGCCCCCACCCUCUGGAUCAGCAGUCAGCACAGCACCACAGGUCAAACCGGUGGGGAAGAUCUCGAAGAACAAGAAGAAGAAGCUGAAGAAGAAGCAGAAGCGUCAGACCGAGCUGUUGGAGAGACGCAUGCUGGAGAUCGAGGCCCUGGAGAAAGAGGCUGAGAAACAGAGGGCCACAGAGGGCCCCGAAGGUGAGGGGUCGACCCACUCCCCAAAACACACACCCCGCAACGCAGCACUGGGGCCCGCCGUCGCACUGGGUGAGAGCGAUGACGACGAGGAUGACGAUGAAGAGGAUGGAGACGAGGAGGAGGAAGGAGAAGCGGAGAGGGAGAGGCCCACCAGGCUAACCAAUCACACCUGUGCUGCCCUACCCCAGGAGCAGUCAGAGGUUCCCCCCAUGCCAGAGGCAGCAGCAGAGCAGGAGGGGGAGCCCACCCCCAGCCCUGCUCCAGAGACAGAGACACAGACCCCCACACCCACUCCCACCACACCUGGGGAUGGCAACACAGCCAAUCCAGAGGGCCAGGCCGAGGAGGAGGAGGACGAGAAGGAGGAUUGGAAAGAGGCCGUAAAGGAAGAGAAGGAGGAAGAGGAGGAGGAUGGGGAAGAUGACGAAGAGGAUGAAGAGGACUUGGUUACAGCUCCGGCCGAGCCGCCGCCGGCGGUAGAUAAAGAGGAGAAGGAGAGGAGAACAGAUGAGGAGGAGAGGGGUGAGGAGACCAAGGAGCAGGAAACGGACAAAGAGGAAGAGGACGACGACGACGAUGACGACGAUGAUGAUGAUGAUGAUGAGGAAGAAGAAGACGAUGAUGCCGAUGAAACAGAGACGGGCGCUGACGACCUCAGCAACUCCACCUCCACCGCCACGGGCCAGAACAACAACACCCACAAAACCAACGGCCACGUCCUACUGGGGGGUGAGGAGAGGGAGAGGGAGAGAGGUCCCAGAGCCAACCAUCCAGUCCCUACCUCCUCCCCCAUCCAUCUGCACUGCCCCCUGGUGGAGUCAGAGUUCAGCUGCACGGACAGGGACCAAAGCUCCCUCAGCUCCUUCUAUGAGCUCUUCAACGGCGAGGUGGUUACGCCAGGCCUGACCAACGGCGCACAGCGCCACAGGGGCACGGCGCCACGCUUCCCUGAGUUGCCGCUGGACCCCGACCCGGGAAUCCCCGUCACAGUGGGCGGAGCUGGUCAACCGGGGGGCGCGACCUCCCCUCACAGCCCCAAUGCAGACCGCAGCCGUACUGUGUCGUUGUCUAGCACCGGGGACAUGCCUAAAGAUGAUGUGGUUCUAGCCAAGGCCAAAGCAGCAGACCUGCUGGUCAACCCCCUGGACCCCCGCAACGCUGACACACUCCGAGUCAAGAUAGCUGACCUGGGCAACGCCUGCUGGGUGCACAAGCACUUCACAGAGGACAUCCAGACCAGACAGUACCGCUCCAUAGAGGUCCUGAUAGGAGCUGGCUACAGCACUCCUGCUGACAUUUGGAGCACCGCCUGCAUGGCGUUUGAGCUGGCUACAGGAGACUACCUGUUUGAGCCCCACUCUGGAGAGGACUACUCCCGGGAUGAGGACCAUAUAGCCCACAUCAUUGAGCUGCUGGGCGUUAUUCCACGGCACUUUGCGCUCUCCGGAAAAUAUUCCCGGGAGUUCUUCAACCGAAGAGAUCACAUCGCUCUGAUCACGGAGCUUCUGGGGAAGGUUCCACGCAAAGUGGUCGCCGCCGGGAGGUACAGCCGAGAGUUUUUCUCCAAGAAAGGUGAGCUGAGGCACAUCACCAAGCUGAAGCCCUGGUCCCUGUUUGAUGUGUUGGUGGAGAAGUACGGCUGGGCCCCUGAGGAUGCCGGCCACUUCACCCACUUCCUGCUGCCCAUGCUGGAGAUGGUCCCCGAAAAGAGGGCCUCAGCUGGGGACUGCCUCAGUCACCCCUGGCUCAACUCGUAGCGGCACCAGCCCCCCUAGUGGCAGCCUCCACACACUGCUCAAAGCUAGGCACUCAAGACUGGAGGGAGAGGGGGAGGAGGAGAGGGAAAUGGGAGACUUUCUUGGCCCUGCCUCGCCCUGAGCCCUCCACACACACACACACACACACACACACACACACAUAGGCAUGCACACAUGUAAAACAGACACCCGCAGAGCCUCAGCAGGUAGAAACCACAAGGUUGUCAUAGACCAGAUAGAGAAAAGCUGCUCCUCUGCGGUCCUCCCCAUAAGUCCCAUACGACCCCUCACAGGAGGAAUAGAGCGGACGGAGUUAAACUUCCACGAUUCUAGACAGGUAGGACAGAGAUCCCUGCACAACAUGGGGAGCAGCCAUGGUCAGGACUGUGUCUUCCAAGACAUCUCCUACUUAGAAAGGCCAUGCAGUCUGAACAGAAACUAACCCGCUCAUAUGAAUGGGUUCUCUGCAAUGUCCUGACCAGUCUUAUCCUGAACCUAGACCUGUCCUCCACCCUGGGUUUCCUAUUGGAAGUCAAUGAGCACCUCUAUCAGAAUGCUGACUGUGUGAUAGCUCCAUCUGCCUGACCUUACAACAGCACGGCCUAAACCUGCUGAGGCAGAAGUGUGUGUAUGUGUGUGUGUGUGUUUGUUAUUAGUCUGGGUCUGCACUGCACAUUCUGUAGGUGCAACAGGCAAGUGUAUGUACGUCCCUCUCCUACAAAGGCGCAACAAGACUUCCAAAUUAGGAGUCGGCCCUUCACAUUACUCCUCUCAUCCCUCUCAUCCCCCCCAAAGACCCAGUCCCCUGCCCUGUUCAGCCCCCCUAGCCACCCAGCCAACAACACAGCUCCAGUCCCAUCCCCAGCCACCAGGGUGCCCCAGAACUGAACUGCUACCACACAGACAGACAGACAUACAGACAGACAGGGCACGGAACAAACAAAGAUCCUAAAGACUGAUGCUCGAUGAGCCGGACUGCUUGAUCUGUAAAGAGUUUAACUGUUGGGAAAAGGAGUGAAGUGUACGGAGAGGCUGAUUGACAGGAAGGGGUGAUGAUGGUAAUGAUAGACGGAUGUUACUUAAGAGUUGUACAUUUCAUUGGUUUGUUUGUUUUAGUUUUCUUCCUGUCUUUUUAUUUCAAAAGUGAAAGGAGUCACCUUUUUGGUGCCCCGUGUGAGGUUAUCCAAAGUCAAUUUUUUCCUUUUACGAAUCCUCCCUCCCAUUGGAUAUUCCUGAUUCAGUCACACCAUUCCUGACCUCUUUUCCUCGUUAUCCUUAAAACAAGAACAAUCCUUAUGAGUCCCUGUGGCGUGGCACGUUUACCAGAUAUGAUUAUUCCCCCUGUAACCUUCACAGGAAACCCUCAAACUUGAUCCUUAGCUUCUCCAGAAGGGGUUAGUCAAAUGGAGGUUGCACUUGUCUUUGUAGAUGUUGUUCAGGGAUAUAUCUUUGUACAUAACUCUGAGAGAUCCGGCUCUGGAGAUAAGACCGACUUACAGAAAUGAAGAAAAAAAACACAUGCAUCAUUCCUAAAAGAGGCUGUCACAUGGACAUGGAUCUGUCCUCCAGAGCAGACAGUGGUGAGAGGCUGAGCCAUUCUGGAGGCCACCAGAAUAUCAAACUGUGCCACUCUGUGGCUGAUGAGGGUACUGCAUUCCUGCACACUGCAGCACCUCUCAGUGCCAAUGCUUCUACGUUCCACUCCACUUCUCUCUCUCUCUCUCUCACACUCAUCACAAUUAGUCCAGUUGCCUAUUUUUCGCAAUAAAAUAAAAAUGAGUAUAAGUAAAUGGUGAGAUAUUUUUUAAAAUAUUUAAUUAAUUUAAAGAAGAAAAAAAAGAUACAAAAAUUAUCUGGUUGUUGUGAAAGUGACCGAAUCUCGUCCUGUUGAGGUGAUUGUGUUUGUCUGUUUUAGAGAUGUUAUUUCUUUUGUAAUUAUUAUUGUUAUAUUAUUAUUACUGUAAUUAAUCUGAUUAGUUAUUUUUUACUCAGUUGUCACCUCUUCCUCCCCUCUUACAUGAACAGUGCUGCUCUAUUUGGACUUGUGACGGUGAUGAAAUUGAUCAAACAUUUUUGCAAUAAUAGUAAAUUAUGAUUUUUUUUGCACCAAAAGCUCCUGAUCUCACUCUCAGCCAUGCUGACUGUUCUUCCUGACAUCGACAGAAUCGCGUCUCUUUUCUGUGUUUUUCAUUGACAGAUUUAAUAAAAUUGUAAAUUAA